CUCUGACGCUGACGGAUCAUUAGCUAGCCAAGCAUUGCAGAGAGCAGUCAGCCCGUCGUGUCUCUACCCGAGGCCGGAUGGUAAAAUCCAACCUCCAGCGGAUCCUAAACAGUCAUUGCUUUGCUCGCGAGAAAGAAGGAAAACAGCAGUCUUUAACUACCAUGGCGGAUUUAAGUAACGGUAUCUGUGACAUGAUUGGGAAUUUGUCCCUGCACUGUAGUAGUACCCGCAGCCCGGGGCCUCUGUGGUGCUCCGAUGCCCCUCUCCCACCCCUGAAGAUCCCAGGUGGGCGAGGGAAUGGCACACGGGAUCACACUCGGCCACUCCACUCUGAUCGAAAGCUGACUGUAACGGAGGAGCCAGCAGGGAAUGGUCGCCCUGGAAUCCUCCACUUCCAAAGUCGUCCCACCGUUACCAAGACGAUACAGUGGGAUGCUGUCUUAAGCAGCAGCGCACUUUACGUGGAGAUACCUCUUGACCCUCUUCCUGAAGGCAGCAAGGAGAGUUUUGCAGCUCUACUGGAGUAUGCUGAAGAACAUCUGAAAGUCGUUAGCGUGUUUGUCUGUUUUUACAAGAACAGAGAUGAUCGUGCUAAACUGGUGCGUACAUUCAGUUUCCUGGGCUUUGAGAUUGUGAAACCGGGCCAUGCUCUUGUCCCACCUCGACCCGACGUAUUCUUCAUGGCCUACAACUUUGACCGGGACUCUUCGGAUGAGGAGUAGCCCUCUGGACAGCCCCCCCCAAUGCCCCCCUACUUCGCUUUUCCCUCCCAUUGUAUGUUGGUCCAUCCCGUCCCAGCUUACUCAUAUAAAGCACCGUCUGUGUUAAACCCUCUGCAGUAGCUCUGUGUAUGCAAGUAUCCAUUUCCCCAAAGCUUUUUGUGUUCAAGGGAAUAUUUAAGAUGUGCAUCUCCUGUUUCCACCAUCUAUCUGUGUUUUAUUACACUCUUUUCACAUUAAGAAUUAGUUGGUGUUGUCACCUUAAAAGGAGGGACUCUUUUGUUUUUUCAAUCAUAUUGCAGUUGUCAUAGCUAUACAUUCUGGUUAUAAUUUCUCUUACUUGUCAAUUCUUUGUUUUUAUUGAUAUUUCCUUUUUAUGAUAGAUUAGGUGGGAGGAUUCUUCAUUUCUUGAAUGUACAAUAAAGAGGUCAUCAGGUUUACACUCGGGUACUCCAGCUUUUUUUUGAUUGGCUAAACAAUGGCUUUGGAUUUGUCUCGCAUUUCCUUUCUCUCUGAACGAAAUAACACACAGUUCAGUGGGACCAGUUUUAUUAUGUAGCACUAACAUUCUCUUGAAAGUAUUUCGAUUUUUUUUCAAACGUUACUUUUGAGUGACAGCCCCAAUAAUUGGUACUUCAUAGCUUGAUAGUGAAUGCAUUUAGAUUAGAGGCAGAGUGAAAAGAUGAAUGCUGUUGCAUGUGUCUGAUGUAGGCGCUUCAGUUUCACGGUAAAGAUUCUACGUUGAGGGUUUUGGUACAACAUGAAAGGAAUAAUCCAAAGUGCUUUCGCUUCUUUCGGCCAUGUUUAUCUUUAUAAUGUAGUAUUUUGUUUUGGAGGCUGAAAAAAUGCUGUGAUAUGAAUAGAUUUUUUUGUUUUUGUCUUUUUAUUAGCAUUCCUUUUUAAAACUUUUUCUCAAGAUAGUAUUGAGUUUGUUGUUCAGCAUAGUGGUACCUGUUGUGCUUCUGUGAAAAUAAAACAAACAAAACAGUC